AUGGAAUACAUCACUCAGCCGACCCAGCAGGGUACCCAGGCUACGCAGAAGUAUGUCAUUGAGAAGUUUUCACAGGAGCAGAUAGAUGACGAUGUGGUUUGCAGGGUGAUUUGUACUACAGGACAAAUUAAGAUCCAAGAUUUGAAAGCUGAGGUAGCGGAAGUUAUGGCGAAUAAGAAUGCUAUCAAAAAGGUCUGGACGUUUGGAAGGAACCGGACGACGUGCGAUUACCACCUUGGCGAUAUCAAUCGGUUAUCGAAUAAGCACUUCCAGAUCAUGCUAGGCGAAGAUGGGAAUCUUCUGCUGAAGGAUCUAUCUACUAAUGGGACUUGGCUAAACAAUUGCAGAGUAGAGAAAUCGCAAAACAUGAUUUUGAGUCAGGGAGAUGAGAUUACCGUUGGGAAGGGCGUAGCUCAGGACGUUGUCAAUCUCGUGGUAUUUUUCAACGACAGAUAUCAGAAUAAGCUGAAAGCAGCGAUACUAGAGGGCUCCGGGGGCUCUGGACAAAAGGGUGUGCUGAAUGCUGAAGUCUCGAGUAGAAUGCAGCUUACUGGCAUUUUUAAGGAUUUCUGCAUAAACGAUGAGGUCGUGGGUCAGGGGGCCUUCGCGACAGUGAAAAAGGCUGUUGAGCGUAAGACCGGGAAGACCUUUGCAGUUAAGAUCAUAAACAAGCGAAAGGUCAUGGGGAAUAUUGAGGGUGUUUCCAGGGAACUGGAAAUCCUGCGAAGACUUAACCAUCCUCUGAUAGUAUCUCUAAAGGCUUUCUAUGAAGACGACGAGAGCUAUUACCUGGUGAUGGAGUUCGUAGCCGGGGGAGAUUUAAUGGACUUUGUAGCUGCACAUGGAUCAGUUGGUGAAGACGCAGGGCGUGAAAUAUCGAGGCAGAUCUUGGAAGCAGUGAGUUAUAUUCACGCGCAGGGUAUAAGUCAUCGUGACCUGAAACCAGAUAACAUAUUGAUAGCACAGGAUGAUCCUGUUCUAGUUAAGAUUACAGAUUUUGGGUUAGCAAAGAUUCAAGGUAACGGCACAUUUAUGAAAACUUUCUGUGGCACCCUCGCAUAUGUAGCUCCAGAAGUGAUCGAUGGGAAGCUGGGCGAUGAACAACAUAAGCAUAAUAACCUCUAUUCUUCACUUGUUGACAUGUGGUCGAUGGGUUGCCUAAUUUACGUGAUAUUAACAGGUCAUCUGCCUUUCAGUGGAAGCACGCAAGAGCAACUAUACAAGCAAAUCGCUCGAGGGUCAUACCACGAGGGACCGCUUAAAGACUUCAAGAUAUCUGAACAAGCGCGUGAUUUCAUAGAUUCCCUACUACAGGUAAAUCCACAGGAUAGACUGACAGCUGAGAAGGCCUUACAGCAUCCUUGGAUUAGAGCAGCCUACUUGGUUACAACCUCGAGUUUCCACGUCUCCCUCUCCCAAUCGCUGUCACAACAGAAAAAUGAUGAAAAUGUUGAGAAGUCUCUGGAGGAGUCAGGCAAUAACAGUAGUGUUGUUGCAUCUCAGGCAGCAGAAAGAAAGGGCAGCCAAGGACCAAGGUUUAAAGUUCCAAUACAGCCACAUGCUCGUGGUAAAAAUUGUAAAUCGCUCAUAGAUAUAUUUCCCAGUGAGGGAUCUAUCUCAUCUGCGGCAGAUAAGAGUGCUUUAAUGCCAUCUCAAUCUGAUGAGCUCCAGGCGAUCUGCCGAGCAGGCCCCGCCCAAAACAAAAGAAAUUCCUCAAAACUUCAUGAAGGCCUAUUCCUGUCACUCAUCCCUACAAGCAGCAGCUGCGUGAAGAAAAGCAUCCUGCUAACCCAGGGAGUGAAUCCCUUUGUCAUAGGCCGCGCGGAUGAAUGCCAUGGAAAAAUAAAUGACAACAGGCUCUCAAGGCUGCACUGCUUUAUACUCAAGAAGCGCCAUCCCGUUGGAAAUAGCAUCUACGAAUCCCCAGCGCAAGGACUCGACGACAUUUGGUACUGUCAUAAUGGUACGAAUGUCAGCUACGUUAACGAAAUUAAACUUCCGCCUGGAACAAAGGUUCUUCUACAGGAUGGUGACAAUAUUAAAAUCAUAUGGGACAAGUUGCACAGCGAGGUAAUCGCUUUCCACGUUCGUGUUCACGAUCCCGCCGGUUUGUUCAAUAAUGGCCGCGGUAUGCAGGGCCCUCGCAGUUUGGUCCGACAGACCCCGGAUGAGAUUAAUUUAGCAACCGCGUUCUUCAACCUUAAGAGUAAUGCAGCUGCCAAAACUUCAAAAACGGCCAAAACUGAUCUUCAAAAAGCGCCUACUCUGUUGUCGUCUAGCCACAUAGGUUUGCAAGACAAUAAGAUUUACACACCUUCUACGUACAAAAAGCAACCUCUGCCCCUAUCACAGGAUCCUUCGCGGACUGCUAAGCGCGCCAAACUUUCGCAGGCGGACGCGGCGGAUGUUGGCAUUGGUUUUCUAUAG